AUGGGUUUAACUAUUUCAUCAUUAUUUUCAGGCCUUUUCAAAAGAAAAGAGAUGAGAAUCUUAAUGGUUGGGUUAGAUGCAGCCGGUAAGACCACCAUUUUAUAUAAAUUGAAGCUUGGUGAAAUCGUCACAACCAUCCCAACCAUUGGAUUCAACGUGGAAACCGUCGAGUACAAGAACAUCUCCUUCACGGUGUGGGAUGUCGGUGGACAAGAUAAGAUUCGUCCUUUAUGGAGAUACUAUUUCCAGAACACCCAGGGUAUCAUUUUCGUGGUUGAUUCGAACGAUAGAGACCGUAUAGUCGAGGCUAGAGAAGAGUUACAACAGAUGUUGAACGAGGACGAAUUGAGAGACGCAUUCUUAUUGGUGUUUGCCAACAAACAAGAUUUACCAAAUGCCAUGAAUGCAGCUGAAAUCACCGAAAAGUUGAACUUACAUUCGCUCCGUCAACGUCCAUGGUACAUCCAGUCCACCUGUGCCACCACCGGGGAUGGGUUGUACGAGGGUUUGGAAUGGUUAUCCAACAGCUUGAAGAAUGCCCCAUAA